AUGGUGAUUGUUUACAUAGAUGUUAACAAAAAAACUGUUAAGGAUGGUUAUCAAAUAAUACAGACAAGAGUGCUGAUUAAUAGGCUCAAAAGAGCAAAAGUUUUCUCAAAAUUUGAUGCAAAGUCUGGAUUUUGGCAAGUUAAAAUGCACCCAGAUAGCAUCCCUCUUACUGCCUUCGGAACUCCACAGGGACAUUACGAAUGGUUAGUAAUGUCAUUUGGCUUGAAACAAGCUCCAUCAAUUUUUCAAAGAAAGAUGGAUAAUAUUUUCAAACAUGUGGCAGAUUUCUGUGUCGUCUAUAUUGAUGAUAUAUUGGUGUUCUCCAAAACCAAAGAAGAACACAUGAAACAUUUAUAUGAGGUAGUUAAGCUGAUAGUUCAACAUGGAAUUAUCCCAGGAGAAAAGAAAGUCUUUUUAGUCCCAGAUGAGAUUGAUUUUUUAGGGUUAAACAUCAAAAAUAGAGUCAUCAAGCUCCAACCUCAUAUCUUGGAGAAAAUCUGGAAAUUCCCAGAUAAGAUCCCAGAUGCCAAAAGUCUACAGAGAUUUUUAGGUGUCAUAAAUUAUGGAAGAGAUUUCCUUCCUAAAAUUGCUGGAUUAACAGCAAUGCUAUCUCCAAAAACAAGUUCUAAGAGAACUUGGAAAUUCACAGAAGAUGAUGAAAAAAUUGUCAAGCAAAUUAAAGACCUAUGCAAAAAUUUGCCUCCACUUCAUCAACCUGAAGAAAAUGAUGAGAUCAUUCUUCAAACAGAUGCUAGUGACAAUUUUUUGGCUAGUGUUGUUCUCGCAAGAACUCCAGGCACCAACACAGAAAAAAUCUUAAAGUUUUGUAGUGGCGAGUUCAGCCCUGCAGAGCAGAAUUAUCCCACAGGGGAAAAUGAAAUUCUUGCGGAAAGUAACUUGGGACUCAUGGUACAAUCACUUCAAACUCUGUCAGAAGAGUUGCAUGAAACGCACCAAGGGAAUAAACAACAGAGUGUUGUCCCAAUGAAUAUGUUCAAGAAAAGAGAAAUUUAUUCCACCUUAGCAUGUGCUCAGUGGAUUGAAAAGAUUGAAAAUGACAAGCACUACAAGGUGUAUGAAGAUACCGACAUGGAAGAAAAUGAAAGAAAUGCAAGAAGCAGAUAUGAAGAUCCUGUAUUGGGCAAUAAUUCUGAAGAUUUCGAAGACAUGUGA